CCGGCCCGGCGGCACCUGCUGCUGAGGGAGCCGGCGGCCCGGUUGGGGGCUCGUGAUGGGGCUGAUCUUCGCGAAGCUGUGGAGCCUCUUCUGUAACCAGGUCCCGGACAGGUUAGGAGACACCUGGCAGCUGCCAGUCCAGAGGGCCGCGAAGUUGCGCAACCUGUUCUGAUUCAGGAUGAGAGAUCCAAGGUCUUCUGAAGGGACCGGACGCCCAGAACACAAAGUAAUUAUAGUGGGACUGGAUAAUGCAGGGAAAACCACCAUUCUUUAUCAAUUCUUAAUGAAUGAAGUGGUUCAUACUUCUCCAACCAUAGGAAGCAAUGUUGAAGAAAUAGUUGUGAAGAACACUCAUUUUCUUAUGUGGGAUAUCGGGGGUCAAGAAUCCCUGCGGUCGUCCUGGAACACUUACUACUCAAACACGGAGUUCAUCAUUCUCGUGGUCGACAGCAUUGACAGGGAGCGACUAGCUAUUACAAAAGAAGAAUUAUACAGAAUGUUGGCUCAUGAGGAUUUAAGGAAGGCUGCGGUGCUUAUCUUUGCAAACAAACAGGACAUGAAAGGGUGUAUGACUGCUGCUGAAAUCUCCAAAUACCUCACCCUUAGCUCAAUUAAGGACCAUCCAUGGCACAUUCAGCCCUGCUGUGCUCUAACAGGGGAAGGGUUAUGCCAAGGUCUGGAGUGGAUGACUUCCCGGAUUGGUGUGAGAUAACUUUUUGCUUGAAAGAGACUCUUCUAUUUAUUCUGUGACACGAACAUUUUUCCUAGUAUCUUUGGCUGCUAAGGCAGCAGCAUGUUUAAUUUAUAACAACACAAACCUCUGUAAGCAACACUUGAAUCAAGUGCAGCUGAACUGGAACAUAAAAGUUUUUUUUCUUAACUUUUUUUUUUAAAUGCACUAAUCUUCGGUUGGAUGAACAUUAUGUAUGUUUCAACAACAGAACUCUUCUGACUGCUUAUUCUAAUUAUUCAGUGACUGCCUUAUAAAAAAAUGUUUGUCAUAUGUUUAAUGUUUUCAUAAGUAUUGUUAUAACCUUUAUACAGACCAACUUCUUUCAGUUCUUGACUCCUGCUCCCUCCCUCCCAGGUAGUUAACAGUUCGACAGAGGAGUAGUGAAAAUCCCCUGAUACUACGUGCGAACUUCUCCAGUACAAGGCAUAAUCCCUCCAUAAACUAUCUUUUGAACAAAAUUUAUUAUAAAGAAAGAAAUCUGCCUGGAAGGUAUAUAUAAAAAGGAAGAUUAAAAUUAAACAUCAUAAAUACUUGCCUUUUAACUUCCCUCACAUUAUUGCAUGUCAUGGCAUAAUUUUAAGUUGCUAUUAAUAUGUAAAUUAAGUAUGUUUAUCUGAAGGAAUUAAGUUCACUUUUCUGCCUACCAGAUUUGGUCAAAAACUAAUCAAGAUGAAAUAUUUGAGAACCCAGCUUUGAUAGUAGAUAUUGUUGGCUAAAUCUGGUAUUUUUAAGAAUGACACAUUAUUCAGUGCAUAUAUAAGUAUCAAGUUAUUACAGUGUACUAGCACUAAAAUUAAAAUAUACUAUUUGCAAACCAUUUUAUUAUCAGUAAAAUUGCAGCUAUUUUAUUUGCAAGAGUUAUCUUGCAAAUAAAUCCUUUUUUUAUUUCUUAAAAUUUGAAAUGUGUGUCAGGAUUUUUGCCACCACUGCACUAUUAGUUUAAAAAAAAAUGGCGCUUUUAUUAAAUCUUUUUGUGGGUGUUGUGUAAUAGGCUUGAAACAAUUGCCAUCUUUAUAAUUGUACUUUGCAUUCUAAAAUCACACAGCAAACUGCUAAAUCUAAUUACUUUUUAGAAUAUUACUAUGACACUGAAAGUUGACAUUCUUAAGUUAUAAAUUUAAAAAAUAAAAUGGAGAAGUCAUAAUCUAUCAAAAGCUUAUUUAUUGAAUACUACUAAAAACUUUGAGGCAGUUGUCUAGUACGAAAAAUAUUCUAAGCAGUACAUACCUUCACCCGAGUUCAAUCCCUGGUACCAAAAAAAAAAAAAAGUAAAGCAGUACAUACCUUAAAUUAAGAGGGAAGAUGGUAUUGUAACUUCAGUCUUAUUUAUUUCAAGUGAAAUUUUGCUGUAAUGAAAGGGAUAGAAUGUAUACCUAGUAAUUCAUUUUUGCAGUAUUUUUUUCAUCUGGAUCAAAAAAAGCUUCAGUGUUCAUAAGAAUUUCAAACUUUCCGUUUAGAAGUGGUAUUUUAAUUUUAAUAUUUUAUCUAUAAAUUGAUUUUAAUUUUGCCCUUUUCAGAUGUGCUUGGUUAAUUAUAUAUAGAUGAAUUAUUUAGUGGAACUUGGCAACAAUUUUCUGAUUUCCAUUUAGUAGUAGCCCACCCUGGAAUGAAAAGUGGCCAGAAGAAAGCGUUCUGGAUUUUGGGAAAUUGUUUACCUUUAUUCUGAACGUUUUUCCUUGGUGACUUUAUACUAAGUAGUGGGGUUUAGCUUUGUUUUUAGUGUAACCAUAAUCAAGAAUGUGAGAGAAAAGCAGCUGUAACCUGUAUGGGUUCUUUGUGGUGUACGUGUGUGCGAUGGGGGUUGCGGGGAGAAGAUACCAUUUGCCUAAAGCACAUUUUGCCUGAAUUUCUACCUGGUUUUAUUUUUUACCAUAAAUACUAAGGAUGAUUCUCAUUAAGUCUGUUCUGAGAAAACAUAUAAUACUCAUAUUUCCUUAUGAAACAAUUAUCUGCCUUCUUGAAUCUAAUAAGAGUGGCUGCCUCAAUUUUCUUCUAUCAAAUUAUAUGAUUAUUUUUUAUAUUACCACAUCAGCAUUAUAUUGAAAGUGUUUUUAAUAGUCAAUUGUAUUUUGUCAUACAGCUACUAAAAGAGACUCAAAUGUCCUAUCUGUUUUAAAAUACAACCUAUUUUCUGAAUCUUUUUAAAAACAGUCUUUUACCUUGCGUUAGAAGUGAUGUGUGUUAGUAUUUAAUGAGGACAAACUCGCCAUUCAAGUAGACUUCGUGCCAAUGAUUGGGAAGUUCAAGUAAGACUUUUUAAAAGGUUUUCCUCAGAUCUUUCCUGAUACAGUAAUAUGAAAACAUGAUCCUUUACUCCAAGAGAAUGUUUUGACCCAAGCAAGUAUCUUAACACUAAAGCAUUGAUUUUGACAUUCAUUGCAAAUCAGCCGACUUUGUAAGACAAAUAUCUUAUGAAGAUGUUGUGUGUUUAGUGCCUUUAUUCACAUUUUGAGAUAAGUUCUCAAUCUUGUGCUGUACAUGUUCUUUUAGAGGCACAGUAGCAGCUAAGUAGUUUAAGAAGGGAAUAAUUUGAGUUUUACCUUCUCUUUCAGCUUCACAUCGUACUUAGCAAAGUUUCUAAUAAGUAGAAAGCAAGGAACCCACCACAAUUCCCUGAGAUUAGUCUGUAUUUUAUUUUUAGUUGGAGGAUAAAGAAAUUAAAUUUUAAACAAAACAUUUUUGACAUGUUAUGACUAAAAUGUCUAACUACCAUGCCACUUUCAAAUAAGACAUUUUUCUUAAUUUUAAACAUUUUUUGUUCCUCAUCUUUAAUCCAGUCAUUCUUAUUGAAAACAUUUUGAGAAUUCUUUUAGGAUCAGUAGUCCCUUUUUUUAAGGGAAUUUACUGAAUAUUUUUAUUAGUAUAAUUUAAUUCCUAAAAAGCUAAAAUCUUUAUAAAUACAAUCUGUUGAAAACUAAGGAUUAAAUAAUUUUCCCUCUUUGAUUCUUGUGUUAGUAUACUUAAAGGUAUAAUUACUCCUAUUAUAUUUUCUUUGGGGGAAAGAUAAUACAAGUUUCAUUAAUUAAAAUAAUUGUAAGUGGCAGUACCUGCAUAACGAUAGCUAUUUUGAUUAAGCAUAAUUUAAUCUUAUUAUCAAAAGCAUAAAGAGAAAACAAUUGUAUUCCAGUGGAAACGGUGAGCGACAUAGACAGUGCUAUAAACAGUAGUUUGAAGAGUUACAGAAAUGUCAAAGCAAAGAAGAUUUUGAACAAAACAGUAACUUUUUUUAAGUCUUUGAUAUAGUUACUUCGGUGAAAUGUUAAAUGGAAUCGUUUCUGAAUGGCACUCAUUUAAUCCUUAACUUUGUAAACCAUACAUUAGAAAAAUGUACUGGUAUUUUGCCUAUAGAUCAGUAAGUUUUGUUGACAUUUUGUCUUUGAAGACCAGCUUUAUGAGUGUAAUUUUAAAUCCGUGGCUUUGGAGCCAGUAAAACUUCACAUUUAAUUUCAGUUCUAAAAGAUCAUUUUCCAUUUUGUCUAGGCAAAAUCAUUUCAAUGUACACAUGCUUUAUUUUUGGUACCAGGGAUUGACCUCGGGUCCUUGCGCUUGCAAGGCAGGCGGUGGAGCCACUGAGCUAAAUCCCCGGCCCUUUACACAUGCUAUCUUGUAUCUAGUGUGCUGGCUAUCUGAAGAAAUAGAUUUACAUCUUAACUUGCCCAUUUGUCAUUUUAUUUAGUUGACCUAAGACAGUUAUUGUCUGUGGCCUUUUUGUUUUUCUUAUAGUGAGGAACUUCAGCAAAUUAGAGCUCUUACAUGUCUUUUAGGUUGAAAAUUCUGAGUCUUUAUUACUAACAAUUUUUAAAGCCCCAAAUAAUAGGGAAAUGUAUGUAAUAUGGAAUUAAACAAUAUUAUUUAAUUCCCACUCAUUAUCAUUUCAUUUAGUAUAUGAAUACAAUCAAGUAGGAAAAUAAAGCGUCACUUAAUAACUAGUAUUCAACUAGUUAUUAAGUAGUAGCUAAUUGAACAAGUAGCUAAUGACAAUACAAGAGAGAAAAGCCAUAUUGUUAAGAAAACAUAAAACUACUUAUAAAGCAUCAAUGGAUGUUGGAAAUAAUCUCUUCUAGAAAGUUUACCUUAUUUUUCUGGUUUUACUAAUUGGUUGGAAAUGCUUAGGUCAUUUUAUUGCCUCUAGAUGAUACCCCAAGCUCCAGUUCUGUUUAACUUUCCAUUAUUGAAAGGGUAAUGUGACGAGGCUAUCAGUAUUUAGCCAGGGUUUGCAUAUAUUCUGGAACUGCUUUGUAUUCAAGGUUAGCCUUUUCAGUACUAUCUAAUCCUUAUUCAGUUAAUAUUAUUAUGAAGACUGAAACUCCAAGCCAAGUUCCCUCCCCAAAAAGAGUAUUGUAUGAAGGAGGCUUAAGCAAGAGGAUCACAAGAUAGAGGCCAGGCCGGAAAACAUCUGCUGAGACCCUGUCUCAGAAUAAGAAGAGCUGAGGGUGUAGCUCAGUGAUACAGUGCUUGUCUAGCAUGCAUGAGGCCCUGCGUUCAGUUCUCAAUACUGCCCCUCUCGAAAAAAUUCUAGGUGGCCAGAGCUAAAUAGAGAAGAUGAAUGUAAAAAAAAUAGGUUGACUACUGUGUUGUAAAUUUAAAGGAAAAAAAUGUGGUGGGCUUAAAAUUGGCUUUAAAAUCUAUAUGAUUUAGUGAAAUGUUUGGAAAAUGUUACUUUGGAGGUUUAGAGGCAUACCUACAAACACACUCAGAACAUUUAAAAUUAAAAACUUGGUGUAGAAAUAUCUUCAGAAAGAUACUACGAAAGAGAAAGUGAACAGAAAAAUGAAUCUCCCUCCUCCCGUUUAAGGCACUUAAAAUUACUAGUCUUUUACUGCAGAUGGUUUGUAUUAUUUUUACUGUGACAAAAAAAACUGAAGACUGAUUAGGUUUUUAGAAUUUGGAACUGUAGUCAAAUAUAGGCAUCUUUUGGAUUUCUUUAAAAAUCAGUAAUCUACAUUUUAUCCUGGAAGUGGAGAAGUAAUGUGCUGUUCAUAGCUUUUGGAAUAGAAAAUUAAGUUAUCAAAGAAUGGUAAUAUUCUAGCAUUCAAACUUUUAAAGUUUUAAUUAAAAAUUUACCUCAUACUUUAAUCCACAAGGUGCUUUUGUUCAAGUUUGUGGGCUGUUGCACUGUCCCAUAAAUACCCUCUUUCAUACAAACUGUGUGUCACAUAUGCAGAUUUUACAACUAAGGGACAACAUUCCUUGGGGAUUUUGUUUUAUUCUUUGUUAAUCACCAGUGAGACUCACAUGAUUGGUCAGAUUUACAGACGGUUUUCAUUAAAGCACAUGAACAAGUGCCCAGUCACUAUUUAGUUCUAUAAAAUAAAGGAAAAGAAAAGAAAUUAGGUUUGGUUAGAGUAUGCUGUUGAAUAUAUUUACUUCAGCAUUGGUAAGAUAGCAAAUGACUAUCCCUUGAUCUCACUUGCAUAAGAAUUAGCUGCAUGUUUUGGCCCUGUUCAUAAGAGAUUACAGUGAACCCUCAAGUUAGGACCAGCCUGACAUAUGAAUGACUUGGGUUAAUGGAAGGUACAUCUGCCUCUGGUUAUCUAUAGCAUGUACCCAGGGAAACAUCCAGAUCUCAGCUGUAUUGACUAAGUUACCACCAGCCCUCGGGAUUGAGUUUGUGAGUCAAGGGUCCACUGUAUACUCUUUUUAACUUUACCUUUUCCUUCAGAAAAUUCAGGAACUUUGAAGCCCCUAAUUUAUUCUCUUGGAGUAAACUUUCAGUGUAGUUGUGAAAACUUUUAAUUUUGAUUUUUAAAAAGUUUAGGAGCUGGGGAUUUAGUUCAGUGGUUCUGGGGCCUGCCUCGCAAGCUCAAGGUCCUGAGUUCGAUCCCCGGUACCAAAAAAAAAAAGUUUAGCUGCUAUUUCAUUGAAAAUGCGAAAUAAACGAUGAUUAUGUUUUCAGUUAUAGAAAAGUUAUAAAUUUUACAUCUGUUCCGUGGAACAUAGUUGUAAACAACAACAGCAACCCCACAAAACCUAAAAGCGGUCGCAGCCUUGCCCUUGCAUUAAUUCCAAUCAGUGUAGUGACUGAUCACGCCGUUGCCGUCUUAACAUAAACCAGCGCUAAGAGCACACAGAGGAAGCAGCAGGCCCUGUGUUCAAAAUACUUCUCGCCUCCGAAAGUAAAGCUACUUGAAAGUGUCUGUAUUGAGAUCUAAGCUCAUUUCCUAAGAUUGAAAUACAAACUUUUAUCUAUCAGGCUUCAGGCUUUCUGCAGAAGCUCUAACAACAUCUUAGCAAAUCAGCUGGGUCAAAACUGUGGAUGGGAUCUCUCUGCCUUCUCCCCCUGGUAUUGUACAGAGAGAAGAAAAAUGUCUUUGUUGCCAUGACUCCUUUUGAAUCCUAGCCAACUGAAACGUGUGCGCUUGGUCCAAUACAUAAGCAUUAACAAAGAAAUUUUAAAAGCAAAUUACUCAAUGCAUUCACAUCACUCCUUGCAAAUGGUUUAAAGCAUGUUCUUCUAAUGGUGGGCUCAUUUAAAAGACAUUUUUAAAAUUUUAAUACAUUACUGUUGUGAGAUGCUUUUCUAUGUUAUGUUUAGGUUGCUGGUACUCAUGAUUUUUUAUUUCUGCAAUUACGUUAUAAUGAGUUGCUUGCAUGCCUACUUACCCAAGUGAAAGGAAGCUCUUUGCUCUGGAAUGUUCAUCUUUUAGACAGGAUUUGGCUCAUUUGCAAUCGUGGUGCAAUAUAGUGUAACAUUCAUUGGUUUUCAGUCAACAGUUUUAUUUUUGUCAUAAUAAAUAAUUACUUUUCCAAUA